AUGUCAAUGAGCAACAAGAAAGCAAUGGAAAGGAGAGCCUUCGACUGUGUAGAAGAUGGUGGGCAGUUGCCGCGUGCCAACGGUGAAGUCAUCUCAACGACAGCUAAACUAACCGUGGUGGUUGAAGACACUCAUUUCUCAGAGGAGAAGAGUUUAUUGAUAGAAAGCUUUGAUUAUUUCCAAGCUUUGUAUCGUUCUGGAAUGCAGGAAUGCCGGCAGGAUGAGAUCCACCUCAAAUGUCUGUGUGCUCGAGGCUUCCUCAUCGCCCUGGCAGUUUUACGAGGCGGGAAACCUAUCCUGGACGGUGACGAAAUUGUGGAAGCUAUCGAGUGUGCCGCGUUUUUGCAAGCGGUGCCACUUACCAAACAUCUCAUUGACCUUAUUGACUCUGACAACUGCUUGCUCAUGUAUCACACGGCUGCAGCCUUUGGCCUGAUGGAUCUCUACCAUUCUGCUGCACUGUUUAUUUGUGAUAUGUACCAUGACCUAGAGACAGAGGUCAAGAGAACCUUACCAUCAGAGCUCAUCUCUUACAUCGAGUCCUUAACUCCCAAUGUUUUUGUGGCAGUUGGGGCACAUGUGACCUGUGAUGAUGAUAAUGAAAAGAUACAUGCUGCCUCCAGGACAGUGUGCUACCUGGAUGAGGAAGGGAAUGCCUGGAAGGUGUUAACAGAGCUGCCAUUGGAAGCCAGUACAUCAAUGGCCGGAGUAACUGUUUUAGAAAACAAACUCUACAUCAUUGGAGGGGUUCAGGGAAUACACAGACAAGCUGUGGUCUCUUGUUUCUGUUACAGUGUUGAAAACAAUGAGUGGACUAAGAUUGCCAGUCCAGAGCAACUUCGUUACAAUUUCCCCCUCAUCGGUCAAGAUGGCCGUCUUUACGCCAUCGGGGGAGAGUAUCAACGGGCGGUCAUGUCGUCUGUGGAAGUGUAUGACAUCAAGGCUGGAAGGUGGACAUUUGCUGCUCAUUUGCCGCGGCCUACUGCGGGAGCAGCAUGCACCAAAGCCAUGGGCAGAAUAUUUGUGUGUUUGUGGAAGCCAAUGGAGACAACAGAGAUCUACGAGUACCUCUCAAGCAAAGAUGAAUGGUACCUUCUUACUUCUCUGAUCAGGCACCAGAGCUAUGGUCACUGCAUUGUGGGGCACAGGGACAACUUGUAUGUCAUGCGAAAUGGGCCUUCAGAUGACUUUUUGAGAUGCAUGAUGGACUGCUACAACUUGACCACAGGCCAGUGGACGACCUUGCCGGGGCACUAUGCCAACAGCAAAGGUGCGCUGUUUACAUCCGUGGUGAGAGGUGAUUCUGUUUUCACGCUGAACAGAAGCAUGACCCAGGAAUAUGUCAUUGAGGGGAGAAAGUGGAAGCCCAAAAGCCAGAUGAAGGGCUUUCCAAGAAGUGGCUCUGUAUGGACAUUUCUGCUCAGAAUGUCAAAUUCCAAAAGGACCUCAUCAAAUGCCUUUCUAAAUGAAGUGGCUAGUGUUGGCGUGAAAUAUGAAAAUGAGCAAAAAAAGAUAAAUGGAAAUUAG